AUGACUGAGCCCAGGCGACGACCUAAGGGCAACGAUGUAUCCGUAGUCUUGACAAGAAGAUCGAAUGUGAACUGCGCUGACGACAAUGACGUGAGCGUCAGAACCGAUGACGACAGUGACGUGGAACAAGAGGUUGCAAAUUCUGAAAAUAGCUCCGAGGCAGAAGAGACGAAUGGACAAAAACAGGCGGAGACGAAUUGUGCCAGAGGUCGAGGACGACGGCCGACUUUUUUCUGGAGUGUGGACGAGGAGCAUUUGUUAUGUCGCGGUGUGGCAAAGUACGGUGCCGGCAAGUGGAAGAAGAUAUUACUGAGCGGUAAAGGUGUGUUUUCAAUUCAUCGAACGAAUGUGGACUUAAAGGACAAGUGGAAGAAUAUGCAACGAAUGAACCACAUCAAUCGCAAGCGAACCGCCGAGGUACAAAACUUGGCGCGUCACAAGCGGUCUAGUAUAGCACAUGCGACAAGAGUCGCUGCCGACCAAUCAAGAUCUGGAGAUGGCGUGGGCGAAAUGUCGUCAGUGAAUAGUGUUGAGCUGAGGACUGACCCAAGCACUGCUAUGGCUGCGGGCGCGAUGGCCAGUACUGAUCAACAUGCGACUAGGGUUCGCUGCACCCAGGUUGAGGCAGACAUGUAUCAUGCUGCUGAACACGGUAGAGGUUAUAAUCCCGAUGCGACUGGAUCGUUCCAGUCACCCCGCCAAGUCGUGUUACAGUUCGUAUGCAACAAUAGCUUUCCUGAGAUUACAAAUGUCCGUGUCGACUUGGACACAUGUAAGGAUGUGUCUACGUUAACGAAGCUGCUACGCUCGAAUAUCUUGUCGGGUGCGCCACCAAACGAGGACGUCCAGAUGAUCGGCCUCACAUCAAGACAGCUGUUUCAACAUGACGAGCUUUUACUGCAAUGCAUGAGGAUCAACAACGGCACAGACUUUUUUCUGGUGUUCGACGAAGCCGCAGCAGUGUUUGUGUAA